AUAAACCCCAAAACGAAAGUCAAUUACCGACGUCAAUGUAUAGAAAAUAUUAAAAACGAUCGAUGAUAUCUUUGAUGAAAAUCAAAUACGAGUUUACGUAAAUGAAACCCGUAUAUCUUGUUAAUCAAGAUACAUUUCACGUACUAUAGAUCAGUUUUAUCACGGUGUGACACGCGAUCAUAAAGAAAGUGAAUUUUUAAUAGACUUAGUCGGGACUUAAUCAGACUUAAUCCUUGGGAUAAAAUAUGAAAAGUAUACCAAUGUUUCAAGGUAGCUACGUGGAAGCGUAACCUUAUGGUUACAGUAAGAUCAAACAGAAUAUUCGCAAACGUCCCCAUACGUUCUGGCCUGAGCAAAAGCGCGGAAGAUAAAAAUAUACAUAUAUCUAUCGAACGUGAUUCACUAAAUAAUCUGAAAUAGCGUGUGUACUUGCCAUGAGUUCCAUAGAGGAAAAAUGUCUUGAGGAUCCGGAAACCGACUUGUUUAACCCGAACGUGUUGAAACAACUGUCCUUGCCACAGACCGAUGGUUUAUCAAUUAGGCCUUUAAAAUCAGAGGAUUAUGACAGAGGUUUCCUUCAACUUUUGGCUCAACUGACUGAAGUUGGAAAUGUCAGUAGAGAACAAUUUCUUAGUCGUUUCCAUAUGAUGAAAAAUGCUGGUAACUAUUAUGUCAUUAUAAUAGAGGAUGUAAAUGAUGAAAAACUAGUAGCAACCGCAACUUUAAUUGUAGAGCAAAAAUUUAUUCACAAUUGUGCGGUGAGAGGUCGUUUAGAAGAUGUAGUAGUAAACUCUGAGUACCGUGGUAAACAUCUAGGGAAGCUGGCAGUCAAAAUUAUAUUAGAAUUAUCACGUUAUUUAGGAUGUUACAAGUUAACACUAGAUUGCAAAGAUCGCCUAAUACCAUUUUAUGAAAGCUUGGGUUUCAAACGCGAGCCUAAUAAUGCCAAUUAUCUUAACAUGAGAUUUCCUGCUAUUGCAGAACAGUCUCAUUUAUGACAAUAGGAGAGAACCGAUAUGUAAAACUGUUUUAAAAAAAUUUACGAUUUAAAUCGUUACACAAAUUUAGUUUAUCAAUUUUAAACAGAAAUUCCUAUCAUAUUUAUGUCAAGCGUUUGAAAAA